AUGUCAAACUUGGGCCCACUACCCAACGAGGUCCAUGGCCUCAUCUUCUCGUGGCUACCUCAGCGGGAUCUCUUGACAUGCCGUCAUCUCAACAAGAAAGUCGGGGACAUUGCGACAUCCGUCGCAUUUCGACAUGUUUCACUUAAGGCGCGUCGUAAAUGCGAGGUGUUUGCGAAGAUUGCCAGAUCGACACAUCUGCGCAGGGCCGUCCGAGAGCUUACUAUUGACUCCUGGGUCGGCCCAUCGUUUGAAUACAACUUGAACGGAGGCUACCCGAUGCCGCAGGAAUUCAUCGCCGCCCUAUCAUUUGUCGGAAUGUUUUCAAAGCUCAAGACGGUGAACAUCCGUUUUAAUGAAAACGUCGGCAAUGGCCAAGAAUCUUUCCACGAAAUUGAAGAGACUUACGACUUUCGUUUCUGGGUUCUUGAUACUGUCAUCAAGUGUCUUGCAGGCACUUGGAAUGGGAACAAUCAACAACUGAGAAUGCAAGAAGUCCACUCGAGCAUGUACAAAGGCCAAUCAUCGAACUGGGAGGAGUCUAAGGGCCUUAAGCUGACGGACCAAGACGUGCAGCUUCUUCAACCAGUUCAUGUGGAUACCAUCACUGUGUCUAACCUCCAGGACUUCAAAGACAAACGGCUGACGGAGUCGGCUGCAUUCAAAUCAGUCAUUUCGUCACCAAAUCUACGGGACCUCAAGCUUUUCAUCACCACCGAGAGCGACGAAGCCGCACCAGAGAGGAACAUUUUCUUUCCUGAGAGAUAUGAUAUUGACUGCCUUCCGCACACAUGGUUAUCCCCAAGCUUAGCAAAGAACCUCAGAACUCUUUCUCUCUACUGCGAUGAUUAUUGGGGAUGGUGCCCCCGACUAGAUCUUCGAACAGUCAACCCCGGAUCUGGGCCCGAUUCCGGACUCCCUGUUCUGAAAGUCCUAGCACUCGGGAACUACGUUUUCAGCCACGAAUGGCAAAUUGAUUGGAUUGCUUCCCUUGGCCGCAAAAACGACAGCGGAGGGCUUGAGGAGCUAUACCUCGAUGAUUGUAUCAUACUGUUCCGGGCCGAAAUGCAAGGGCAUCUCGACACAGGCACAACGAUCAUUGGCACAGACAGCGGUGGCAGCUCAAUGGAAAUUUCCAACGACAGGUACCCUAGCAAGAAACAGUUCACAACGAACGAUGAAGAGGAAGCCGAAUGGGAUGAUGUUACCGUUGAAUUCGACAUCCGGUGGCACGCUGUCUUCUCGCACUGGAAGAACACCAUGCGAGGCCUAAAGAUCCUCAAAGUGGGCUCAGGCUCGUGGGGUGAAGAGCAUGUCGAUGCCAUUAUCGACGCGGAAUUUUGGCACCAGAACGCAAACAAAGACGCGAAAGAAUUAGAUAUUGCUAUGUCAACUUACAGGAGGAAGCGUGAUAAGUUCCGGACAGAACUUGCAGCCCAGGUCUUUCUGAACUUCGCAGCUCCUGGGCCGAAUCACAAGGUUGCCGGGACUCAUGAGCCGCAAGUCAGGUAUAAAGACGGCGUCGGUCUUGAUCAAGUAAGCCAGAAGUUUCUUCGAUACUACAAAUACGACAUGGGAAUGUGCCCUCAAUGGUUGGAAGAAGACGAGGAAGGAGAAGAGCAGGAGGAUGGAGGCCUCUGGGACGUGGGAACAACUGAAGAAGAUUGGAACGCACUGCUGGAGCUUCUCGACACUGUCGAAGCGAGGCGUCUCGGACUGCCUCUUCAAGGUUUGCAAGGACGAGACUUGCAAUCUGCACUCAGGGAGAACGAAAGACUUCUCGUGCUGUAG